GGUGUUUGACGGGAUUUACGCAAAUUUUAUCAUAUCACAUGACUGAAAGAAAUUCAUUCGAUAACCGAUCUUUUUUUUUUAUUGUCUUCUUUGUUUUGACGGAUUUUUUUUCAUGCGUAAACCAAAGGAUAGUUUUUCACGAGGUCUAAUUCGAAUGUCAUGGUCAAAAAAAAAUUUAUUUAUUAUUCAUCAACGCGGUGAUCGACUACCUAGGUCACAAAAUCGUACUUUAUUUCAACAAAAAUGGCAAGCAAAAAAAGAUACAAGAGCUUAUCAUGGAGCUCAAUUAAAUGAACAACAAUUUCGUAGACUGUUUGAACCAAAAUUGCCUACAAGCAAUAUUAAAGAACAGAAAGAAGAACAACAUCCUCCUGUUUCUGUUUUAACUUAUGCUAGUUUAGAAAGAAGGUUGGAUUUUAUUGUAUUUAGAAGUUGUUUCGCCAGUAGUAUUUGGGCAGCCAGACAAAUAAUUAUUCACGGAAAAGUUAGUGUUAAUGGCAAAAAGGUUUCUGUUCCGUCCAAAUUGGCUAAAGAUGGUGAUAUUAUCAGUAUUGAUCCUCGUGCUGUACCUUAUCUCACUGAGCCCAUGACACCGAAAGGCCUUACAUUUAAGCCAAUACCAUACAUGCAACCUUUCUUAUUUAUACCAGAAUACUUAGAAGUUAAUUUUAAUACUUGUUCUAUAGUAUUUUUGAGAAAUCCAAUUUCUAGACCUGGAAGAAGUGAAAUCCCUUCCCCUUUCCCACCAGAAAUUCAUUCUUUAGCUCAUGAAUAUUAUGCCGAAAGGAUAAAGAAAAAGAAGAGUAAAAGGACGCGUCAUUUAAUUCCCGUUGAAGAAAAUUUUAGGAUUGAUUGAUUAGUCGAUUGAAUUUGAUAGAAUUGGAAUUAUAUGCUCAAAAAUUAAAUUUAUUUUUUAUAAUUUUUGAAAAGGAUGUAACUUAUUGUACAACAAACAAUACAGUAUGAAUAAAUUCGACGAAAAUAUACAUAGGAUUAAAAAAGAAAAAAAGGUGAAUAAAAAAAGUUCCAAAUGGAUAUAUAUACAAGACUAGUGUUUUUGCAAAUAUUCGCGUACAUUCCGCCUCGAAAUGUUUAAAUAAAUAAAGAAAUAAAUUACGCGUGUUGCUUCAGUUCAUCCCCACUUUGAGAAGUAAUGUCUCUUGACAAUUAUUAUUUUUUUUUUUUUUUUGGUCAAUA